GGGUCGUUCUGUUCUGUAUUAGAAUUUAUGAUUUGUUUAAUCGUGUAGUUAUUAAGUAUAAAUAGAAUUCUAACUACUGGGCUCGUUUCUUUCUUUUUAGUUUUAAUUAAAGUAAAUAUUUGAAUGCUAGGGCACAAGAAGCGCGUAGUGUGCGCGGUGCAGCGGCUGGAGGCGGCGCGCGACGCGGCGCUGCGGGCGCGGGGGGCGGUGGGCCGCGCGCGCCCCGCCGCCGCCUACCUGCCGCGCCUCAAGCAGCUCUCCUUCAAGUGGCAGCGCGGCCUCAAGAUUGGCGCCGGCACCUUCGGCAAGGUGUACACGGUGGUGAACACGGAGAGCGGGCAGCUGCUGGCGAUGAAGGAGCUCAGCAUCGGCGCGGGGGACCGGCGCGCGCUGCAGCGGGCCGCCAACGAGCUGCGCGUGCUCGAGGGGGUGCUCCACCCCCACCUCGUGCGCUACUACGGCUGCGAGCUGCACCGGGAGGAAAUGCUGAUAUUCAUGGAGCUGUGCGUCGAAGGAUCGUUGGAAGCCCUGGUGGUGACAUCUGGAGCGUUAGACGAGCAGAUAGUCAGAAGAUACACUAAACAACUUCUCAGCGCCGUACAUGAACUCCAUUCCAAGAAUAUAGUGCAUAGAGAUAUCAAAAGCGGCAACAUAUUCCUGACCAACGAGGGCCACUGCCUGAAGCUGGGCGACUUCGGGUGCGCGGUGAAGAUCCGCGCCAACACCACCGCUCCCGGGGAGCUGCAGGGCUUCGUCGGCACGCAGGCGUACAUGGCGCCGGAGGUGUUCAUGAAGUCGUCCGGGCACGGGCGCGCGGCCGACGUGUGGUCGCUCGGCUGCGUCGUCACGGAGAUGGCCUCCGGGAAGCGGCCGUUCUCGGAGUACGACAGCAACUAUCAGAUAAUGUUCGUGGUCGGGAUGGGUGGGCGGCCGGAGAUACCCCCCGACCUGUCGGAGGAGGGCAGGGACUUCUGCCAUCUCUGUCUCACCCACGAGCCGGACAAGAGGCCGCGCGCCGCGCAACUCUCCACGCACCACUUCCUCAUGGUUAAAAACGACGAUGACUGCAAAUGCGAAACGGCGUUUCUUUUACCAAAGUCCAAUGAAGACUCGAUGCAGUAAGUUUUUGCGUUGUAUAAACGUUUUAUAUAAUGAACGGCAAUCUUAACGAAUCCACUCUAAAAGUAUUGUUCUAUCUUAUUUCAUAAAUUAAUAUACACUAUUUUUUUUAAACCUCACUUACGUGUACACUUCCAAAAAUGUUUUAUGUUUAUAAAUAUAACCUUAAUAAUUUAAUUAAUUUUUAAAACAAUCUUGCAUAACUUACGUGAACUAUUUGUCAUAAAUCAGUA